GGCCACAAACUGGGGCCACACUACCCAUGUCCCCGCAACGACUUUUAAACGCUUCGGCUGCUUUUUAGCUGGAAAGGGAAUAAAUAUCCCCGAAAUGUGCUGGGUUUAGUGGUGUUUUUCAGAGCUGGGGGUGUCGGGGGGCAGAUCUCGGCCGGGUGUCCCCAGGCUCUGCACAGACCGCCCCGGGUGUCCCCGGGCCGCGCUGGGUGAUGCUGCAGGGAGCUGCGCUGCACCAAACCGCGCUUUCAUUCCCUGCGGAUUUUAUGGCAGCCGCAUUCCCAGCCCCCGGCGGGUCCCGACGAGCGCCGGGGACAGGCACGGGGGGGAACCGAGGGAAGCCGAGGCUGGAGGGGAAGCAGCAUCAUUAUUUUCCCUUGAGCUGAGCCCAGCCGGGGUUGAACUGGGGCUGAACUGGUCCCAGCAAGGGGACGCGGCAGCGGAAAUCCCCGCGCUCGGCUCCGCAUCCAGCGGGAUUCCUCCCCGCCGGGCGCCCGCUGCGGAUCCCGUUAAUUAAUGACAUGAAAGCCCACGCGAGACCUCCGGGGAAGGAAUCAAAGGCUCCGCCGCAGCUUCCCAGGGCAUGGAUUUAUCCCGCCGGGCCGGCAGCCUCCCCGCAUCCCAUCGCCGUGCCGGGUGGAGGGAACGGGGAUCCCGCGGGACACGAGUUUCAAUGUUCUGACUUGCUCUAAGAUGAAGGUAUGGAAGUGUGCAGCCAUUGCAUCGAUGCUCCUCAGUUCCAUGUUAUCCAUUUUAGUUUGUAGAGACAUGUUCAGCGGAAGCCGGGAAUUCAGCCCCUUGCCUUCCUCGCCGUCUUCCUCACGGGAUUCCUCCUCCUCCUCCUCCUCUUCCUCCUCCUCCUCUUCCUCCUCCUCCUCGCUGCCGGCGGCUCUGCGGAGAUCCCCACGGGCCCUGCAACGCCACGGCUCUCUGCUGGCCCAGUACAGCGCCUUGCUGGAGAGCUACACGGAGGGCGAGAUCCGGCAGCUGAUCUCGGCGCUGGUGGAGCGCUACCGCCAGGCCAUGAACUCGGGCGGGCACGAGCUGCCGCUGUUCCCUCGCUCCGGCAGCCGCAGGAAACGCGCCCGCGCCCGCCACAAACCCUGCGAGCUGCGCGAGCUGGAGGUCAGCGUCAGCGAGCUGGGCCUGGGCUACGAGUCGGACGAGACGGUUCUGUUCCGCUACUGCAGCGGCACCUGCGAGGCCGCCGUGCGCAGCUACGACCUCUCCCUCAAGAGCAUGAGGAGCCGGAGAAAGAUCCGGAAGGAGAAGAUCCGGGCCCGGCCGUGCUGCAGGCCGCUGGCCUACGACGACGACGUGUCCUUCCUGGACGCCUACAACCGCUACUACACCGUCAACGAGCUGUCGGCCAAGGAGUGCGGCUGCGUGUGACGGGGCACGAGGCUGUGGCAGAGGGACCGGGAUGGAGGCUGGAGCGGCCGGAGGAGGAGAACUGAGCCGCUGGCGUGUCCCUCGGUGUCACUGUCCCGCUCGCCGCGCAGGACUAGAGACGUGGCCGGUGCCACGGCGGAGGUGGUUGGAGCGAUGACGGCUGCUCAAGGCUGCUGUCCCCUCCGCCAGUGGCCCGGGAGUCCCUGCCAGCGCCGCUGAGGUGACAGUGGGUGUGCAACAGUGCGCGUGCAGCCCUCGGUGUGCACGGGGUGUGCUGUGCGUCACACGUGUCACACGUGCCACACGUGCCACAGGCCGCGGUACCCUCACGGGGGGACCCGCACGUGCCAGGGGUUCUGUGUCAGGGUGUGGCACCCGGCUGCGGCACACGCUGGGGUGUGGUGGAGCGCAGGGGGUGUUGUGAGCGGUGCCGGUGCUGGGUGGUACCGGACAGGGUGUGCUGCACACUCGGGGUGUGUCUUGGGGUGCAUUACAGGUUCGGGGUGUGUCAGGCAGCUGCAGGUGCCCUGUGCGGCCCCAGGGUGGGAGCUGAGUCCUUCUCUCUGUAGCUUUGGGGUUUCCCAGGGUUUUGUGACCACCCUGCACUGCUGGGGGAGAUUUGAGCCCCCCCAGAUCUGGGUGUUUGGGGGCACAGAAGCACCAACAGUGGUUUGUGAGUGGCUCUGACUCCCUCUGGCUUGUGCCCCUUUUGCCGUCGUCUCAUUCCUGCAGCCCUGGGGCUUUUCUUCUUUAAACUCGGGAUAAUCUGAAGUAACUGGAUUAACCUCCCGUGCCCCUGCCACGGGCAGCUGGGCCGGAGCCCGGCCACCGCCAGGGAGAGGACAGAACCUCCCUGGGCCACCAGCAGAGCCGCAGCACUUGGCGGCGUGGGCAGGAGCAUCCCUGGUUUGGCAUCUCCUAAAAUCCCCCCAGCUCUCCCGGGAGUAUCCCCCAUCCCCUGGUCAGGGCUGGAAUCCUGCGGGAGAGGGGACUCAGGCCCGGGUUUGGCUCCGCUCGCAUUUACAGCAGUGUCACUGCUGUUUACUCUGCGGGGAAAUAAAUGAGCCCGCAGCCUCUCACAUUCCCUGGGCAGGCUCGAUUUGUUGCCUGGGAUUGAUGGGUUUUCUCCCCUUGGCUCCCUUCCCAGAAAAAGCAAAUCAUAAACAGAAGGAGAAUAUUGGUGUCAUGUCCUGGGCAUUAACCAACGUGAGGGAAAACACUCCGUGUGCCACCCCCCCGGCGUCGCGGCUCCUCUCUCCGGUGGAACGGGGGCAAAAAUCCCUUGUGCCUUCAUCCUGAGGAGGAGGAGGAGGGCUGGUUUGGUGAUCCCAGCAGUGCAGGGAUGGUGCUGCAGGAUUUGGGGGAGCAGGUUGGAUCCCUUGCGAUGGGGUGGGGGACAGCAUCUCCAGCCGCAUUCCCGACCUCCACACAGGGCCAGGCUGGUGGGGAUUUUUUUUUCCUUGCUUUUUAUCCAAACGCAGCUCUUGGCUGAGUGGAGCCAGGGUGUAGUGGAGGAAUAUAAACACCAUCCUUCAGCAGGACUGGCGUCCUGGGAAGGCAGCCUGGACUCUGUAACACGGGGUUUUCCCUGUAUUUUGGGAAAGGCAGGAGGCAGCCACGGGCGUGGGGUGUGAAACCCAGAGCCGGGAAAUGGGAACUGGGAGCGGAUAAACUCCACGCUGCAGGUGCAGCUCCUGAAGCAAGGUGUGACUUUGCAGCCCUGGUUUUGGCUGGAAAUGGGAAAAGUGGCCCAAAAUAAUCAGCUGGAGGAUGGGAAUGGCAGAUGGGCAGCGGGAGCCGCACCGGGCUCUCGGCGGAUAAGCGGCUCACUCGAGUUUAAGAAGAAAAAAGCACCCAAAUCUAAUAAUAAUAAUGAUAAUAAUAAUAAUAAUAACUGUCCUCUCAAGGGCUUGGGUGCUUUCCAGGUCUCACUGCUAUAAAACUAAAAUUAGUUUUGUUGCAGUAAGAAAAAAGAAAUGGAACCAGAGCAAUAAAGGCAGGGAAGGUGGUGUGGAGGCAGUGCAGGACCUGCUGCUGCAGGGGAGGACUUGGAGCAGGAGCUGCCUCUGCUCACGGGGAGAGGUUGGAGUGUUUGCACCCCGGUUUUGGACAUUUUUUGGCAGAAUCCAGGGAUUUAGGGUGCCUUGACUGACAGACACCCAGCCCAAGGGAUCGUCCUUUUGCCAGGGUGGUUGUGGGAGCAGCAGGAAGAUGAGGGGCCAAGGGAGCAGCAGGGUGGGGGCUUGGGCUGGGACACCUCGCAGCUGCCAAACCCCCCAUUCCCAGUGCAAAUCCAGCCUGGAGCCCCCAAAACCAGGAAGAAAACCUGACUCAAUGCAAUGGUGUGUUAAAAGCAGCAGGAAUAGCUCCAAUCCAUCGUUUUCUGCUCUUUUUUUUUUUUUUUUUAAUUUCCCCCUGCUGGCAGUGGGAGCUGAGAGCUCCAGCCCGUGUGGAGGGGAUGUUCUCCAUCUGCCUCACGCUGCUCCUGCUGGGUUUUUUUGGGAACAGCUGGGAUUUGCAGCCACAAAACUCCCCAAUGGGAUGAGCUGGGCCAUCGUGGUGUGGCCAUAAAGAUGGAUUCUGCUUCCAUGGCUUCUUCAGGGCUCCUCCUCCUCAUGGAGCUCCUCCAGCUCUCCUGGUGCCAUCCCGCGCCGCUCCGCUGCCACCCGGCCCUGGAAAUGUGGUUGCAAUAAAAGGCUGAGGUUUCCCUGAUGCUUUCCAUUUCUCCAGCCCCCUCUGCUGUAAUCGGAGCUGGAGCUGUCCGGAAGAAUGUCUACAAUGCAAAAAAAAAGGAAA